CGUCUACCUCCGGCCAAUGCCUCCAUCCUUAGGAAAAAGUUUAACGACGCUAGUAUGGUAAAAACCGAAAUGGUGUAUAUAAUACGACAACGGCGUGAAUAAGGACAUCUGUGCAAACUUCCAAUGGAGUGAACUGAAGUCCAAGUACGCCGUAAACCUAAGAAUAGCCGAGUCUAAAAAAAAGUGCCGGAGAUCUUGACGCCGGUGGGAAAAGGAAUACAUUCUGGUUGUGCGCGCAGCGACACAUCAUCUAGUGCAGGACCAUAAACGCUGCCACAAGCAGGUCUCAAGUCAGCUCUCAAAUACUGGACUCAAAGACUGGGGUAACACUCCCGAAGAGUACAACAAAAGAGAUUGGGAAUUAUGGAUGAGGAUUAUAAUUAUACUCGUAGUCCUGCCUGGGAAGAACUGGAACCAGAGAAAGGAACCGUCACCACAUCAGGGAUCCAUGGGAAUGUAAUGGGUGCCAUGGGGUGCGCUGGUCCAGUGGACGAGUCCUCUGACAGUGAUGGAGAGCAAGAAGGGCCCCAGAAACUCAUCCGGAAGGUGUCAACGUCUGGGCAGAUCAGAAGCAAGACAAGUGUUAAAGAAGGCUUACUGUUGAAGCAAACAAGCUCCUUCCAACGCUGGAAAAAACGCUACUUCAAACUACGAGGAAGGACACUGUACUAUGCCAAAGAUGCCAAGGCCGGUGGAACGCUGGCCCGCUGGCAGCACCGGGUGUCUCGGAGCCGUGUUUGCUGGAGAAUGCUCUCUGUCUGCUGGGCAGGUGCCCGCAACACUACCCCUCCUCUGGGCGCCAGUGGAUCGGAGGAAGGUUUGGUGACGCUUCGGUCUCUCAUCUUUGAUGAAGUGGAUCUUUCGGAUGCCAGUGUUGCUGAAUCAAGUACAAAGAAUGUCAACAACAGUUUCACGGUAAUCACGCCGUUUCGAAGGCUCAUUCUGUGUGCCGAAAACCGAAAGGAAAUGGAGGACUGGAUCAGUUCUCUGAAAUCAGUCCAGUCGCGAGACCAUUAUGAGACGGCACAGUUUAAUGUGGAACAUUUCUCAGGGAUGCACAACUGGUACGCCUGCUCCCAUGCCCGUCCCACCUUCUGCAAUGUCUGUAGGGAUAGCCUCUCCGGAGUCACAUCCCACGGCCUCUCAUGUGAAGUGUGUAAAUUUAAAGCCCACAAGAGGUGUGCGGUCAGGGCCACGAAUAACUGUAAAUGGACAACAUUGGCUUCCAUUGGAAAAGAUAUCAUUGAGGAUGAGGAUGGGAUUGCAAUGCCACAUCAAUGGUUGGAGGGGAAUUUACCUGUCAGUGCCAAGUGUGCGGUGUGUGACAAAACCUGCGGAAGUGUCCUUCGCCUGCAAGACUGGCGCUGCCUGUGGUGCAAGGCCAUGGUACACACUGCCUGCAUGGAUCUGUACCCACGGAAGUGUCCUCUUGGCCAGUGCAAAGUCUCCAUCAUCCCACCCACUGCACUCAACAGCAUUGAUUCAGAUGGCUUCUGGAAGGCCACGUGUCCCCCGUCUUGUGCCAGUCCUCUCCUGGUCUUUGUCAACUCUAAAAGCGGUGACAAUCAGGGGGUGAAGUUCCUGCGCCGGUUCAAGCAGCUGCUGAAUCCAGCCCAAGUGUUUGAUCUGGUCAAUGGAGGACCCCAUUUAGGACUCCGCUUGUUCCAGAAGUUUGAUAACUUCCGAAUUCUUGUUUGUGGUGGAGACGGCAGUGUGGGCUGGGUACUAUCAGAAAUUGACAAGCUCAGUCUUCAUAAACAGUGUCAGCUUGGUGUGUUGCCGUUGGGCACUGGAAAUGACUUGGCGCGUGUACUUGGCUGGGGUCCAUCCUGUGAUGAUGACACACAGCUCCCUCAGAUCUUAGAGAAGCUGGAACGGGCCAGUACCAAGAUGCUGGACAGGUGGAGUAUCAUGACACAUGAGAUCAAAAUACCUCAUAAGAACACACCUACUGUUGACGACGAAGAGGACAGUCAGUUCCAGAUUUCUGCCUAUGAAGAUUCAGUUGCUGCUCAUCUUACAAAGAUUUUGAGCUCCGAUCAGCAUUCGGUGGUCAUAUCUUCGGCAAAGAUUCUCUGCGGAACAGUGAAGGACUUUGUUGCUAAAGUGGGAAAGUCUUAUGAGAAAGGCCCUGACAAUACAGGGGAGGCAGACACCAUGUCCCUCAAAUGUGCCGUCCUCAAUGAGAAGCUGGACUCCCUAUUGCAGACGCUGAACAUGGAGGCACAGGCCAUAUGCCAACCCACAGUGAUCAGACCCCCCAUCGUGGAAGAGGAAGAGGAGGAAGAGCUUGAAGGGGAGGAGGAGGAAGAUCUGAGUGAUUCUUCCCUUACUGAGCUGAAGGAGAAGCUGGAGGAGAAUGUGACGGAGAAAGGUUCCUCUUCAUCUUGCAAGCUCUUCCCCCGUGAGCAGCUCAUGCUGCGAGCCAACAGCCUGAAGAAGGCAGUGAGGCAGAUCAUUGAGCAGGCAGAAAAAGUGGUAGAUGAACAGAAUACACAUACAGAAGAGCAAGACCUGCCGUCCCUGACUGAGUUUAAAAAGGACGAGGAUGAUAAAGACAGUGAGAAGGAUGAAGACACCAAGGAACUGCAGUCUUCACCCUUGGCAAAGUCCCCAUGCUCCCCCACAGAGAGGCACGUCAGCCGCAGCACCCAGUCGUGUGGCUCCUUCUCAAUGACUGCCUUCACCACCAGCAAGGAGAAUCUCCCUGUUCUCAACACUCGCAUUAUAUGCCCAGGCUUGCGGGCAGGCCUGGCUGCAUCUAUAGCAGGCAGUUCCAUCAUCAGUAAGAUGUUGCUUGCUAACAUUGACCCUUUCGGAGCCACUCCCUUCAUUGACCCAGACUUGGAUUCCCUAGAGGGGUACAUGGAGAAAUGUGUCAUGAACAACUACUUCGGAAUUGGAUUGGAUGCCAAGAUAUCGUUGGAGUUUAAUAACAAACGUGAAGAGCACCCAGAAAAGUGCCGGAGCCGGACAAAGAACAUGAUGUGGUAUGGAGUCCUGGGUACAAAGGAACUUUUGCAGAGGACAUACAAAAAUCUGGAGCAGAAGGUGCAGUUGGAGGUAAGGCAUCUGAAGAGGAACACAAAAGAUAAGAGUAGUGGUGGUAAUCUGGAGCAGAAGGUGCAGCUGGAGUGUGAUGGACAGUACAUUCCACUUCCAAGCCUCCAGGGCAUUGCUGUGUUGAAUAUCCCUAGCUACGCUGGCGGGACCAACUUCUGGGGUGGAACCAAAGAGGAUGAUAUAUUUUGUGCUCCAUCAUUUGAUGACAAAAUCUUGGAAGUGGUUGCUGUGUUUGGUAGUAUGCAGAUGGCCGUGUCCAGAGUCAUCAAACUCCAGCAUCAUCGCAUUGCACAGUGUCGAUCAGUUAAGAUCACAAUCCUGGGAGAUGAGGGAGUGCCUGUUCAAGUUGACGGGGAAGCCUGGGUACAACCACCUGGAGUUAUCAAGAUACAGCACAAAAACAGAGCCCAGAUGCUGACUAGAGACAGGGCAUUUGAAAACACCCUGAAGUCAUGGGAGGAUAAGCUGAAGUAUGACAAGCCCCCACUGCGGCCACACCUGUACCCUCAGCAGUCAGUAGACUUGGCCACUGAGGAGGAGUCCAUCCUUAUUCAGAUGUGCGCUCGUGCUGCUGAGGAGCUCAUCACCAGGAUCUGUGAAGCAGCGAAAACAAACGGUCUCUUGGAACAAGAGCUUGCCCAUGCCGUCAAUGCCUCCUCCCAUGCCAUCAACAAAACUCACCCUAAGUUCCCAGAGAAUCUAACCCGGAACACAGCCAUGGAAGUGGCAACGACUGUUAAGGCCUUGCACAAUGAGACAGAGUCAUUGCUUGUGGGACGAGCGUCUUUGCAACUGGACUCUCCUCAUGAGGAAUUACUAUCAAGCACCCUCCAGAUUGUGGAGGUUGAGCUAGACAAAUUAGCUGAAAUCCCCUGGCUCUACCACAUCCUCCAGCCCAACGAUGAAGAGGAUCACUCCCUGGAGUAUGGCAAGAGGAACAGCCGUGGUAGUAUGUUCCGCAUAGUACCCAAGUUCAAGAAGGAAAAAGCACCCAAGAAGUCCAGUCCACAGUCAGUUCAGAGGUGGGGUACGGAGGAAGUGGCCACCUGGCUGGAGCAGCUCAGCUUGGGGGAGUACAAAGACACCUUCAUCCGACACGACAUCCGUGGCUCCGAGCUCCUUCACCUGGAGAGGAGAGACCUGAAGGACCUGGGGAUUUCGAAGGUGGGUCACAUGAAGAGAAUCCUCCAGGGAACUAAAGACCUGGCCAAGAGCGCCUUAAUGGAUCUCUGAGACUUUUUGUGUGAAAGGUUCCCUUCCCUGACUGAAUUGCCAGAAUUCCACAGCUGAAUUUGUCUUAUUUGAGAAAAGUCAAUUUAACAUACUGGCACAUUCAUGGCACAAUUAGAUAUGCCACAUUUGAUUCUGGUCUUGUGAAAAAUCUGAAGGAAAAAAAAUGUAGAGAGAGUUCCAUAAGGUGCUAACUGUGGAGUUUGCAUAGACUAUGGCCUUGUUAUUAUUGAAUGGCUCCUUACCCUGGGUUAGAUGACUGUAACAGCCAGUGGAGCUAAACCAUUAGCAAUAUUAUGUCUUUGACUGCACUGUUUACAUUUCAACAUAGAAGGAAAUGGCUCACUGAAGCGUAACAGUUAGAAGCAGCAGAAGCGGAGAGAUCUUAAAUUCAAAAGAUGUUUCUUAAAAGACAGUGAUUGGAUAUGUAUGCUUGCUUGACUUGGAUAUCUAUUUUACUGCAUGAUCAGUGUCUUUUUAUGUAACACUUGAACUUAUUUUACAUGAUUUACUCUCAUGUCAUUUACUACUACUGAAUCAUUCUUUAUUUCUAUAUUUAUUUGUUUGCAUGGAUUUGAAAGUUGUGUUCUGUGCCAUAUUUAUUGGAAAAUGUGCUUUACUGGUGAAAUUUUACUAAGUUUAGUGAUUCAAACUAUACUAACACAACUUGCUGUUUCUGUGAAACCAUCACUUACAUGAACAUUUCCAAUUCAGCCAGUGUUUCCUCAGUUGAUGAUACGUUUUUAAAAGAUUGGGCCUGGAAAUAGGGAAAUGAGGAAUUUCAAGAAAUGUUUCUAAAGAGAGAUCCCAUUGUGUAGAGGUUGAACCAAUUUGUGCCAUGUUUUAAUCAACCUUUACUGUCAUGACAAGGUCGAGGAAUCUCUAAAUCUCUAAUGUUUCUAAUGUAACACUGAACAUUAAUAUACGGCUAUAUUUGAAUAUUUUACAAUAAGGAAUAAAUAUUCAUAGAUAUUGAUACUGCAGUUAGAUAAGAUACUGCAUUGACCAGUGAUGCUACGUAAAGCUUUUUGAUGGAUUUCUGCUUUUCUAAGCUUCAUUCAGGGUUAAGUUGUAACAGUAAUAGGAAGCCAAUGCCAAAUUCUGUUAAGUUGGUGGUAUAACAGGGUAUAUUUGUAUUUGCUGUUAAGUUGUACACAGUGUGAAUAUGCAUACCAGUGUAUGUAUACACUUCUAACACUUAUUAAUGUUAAAAUGCCUUGUAGUUUGCUAAUACAUCAGUUUACGUUGAUUUAGUAAAGUGCACUGUAAUUCUAUAUCAUUUAUUAAUUGUUUUAAAAAUUAUGUUGUAUUAUGAUGAAGGUGCAAUAUUGUAUUUUUUCGAUACUGUUUUAUUCUCUUCUAAGGUAUCAAGUUUUGUAUCUCUGUGGAACACAAACAGUAAUUAAUGUGCUCUUCCUUCUGGACUGUGGAAUAAGUGAGAUCUUUUGCUUGACCAGUCAUGAAAAGCUUAUCUGCUGAUUCAUAACUCUUCCAACUGUAAUUUGUUAGUUUUUUUUCUAUUUGUGCUUCCAGUAUGUUAUAUGAAGUGGUUUGAAGUCUUUUUGAAAUUGGCAAAACUGCCUUUGGUGCCUCUUUCAGACGUAUAAAGAAUAUUUUGUAGUUGCUUACAAUGAGUCUGUAUAAAUAGUUGGAGAUUACGAUCUGUUCCAUUAGUUGAGCCCGGCAGAGGGUGCAAUAUAAUUAAAUAGCUGCAAAGAGGGACACUCAUGGUUCAUUCAUGUUUAAUUGUUUGCUUUUAAGGAAUGUCCACUUAACCAUUUUCUUCUCUUUACAGUGUUUCCUUUUACUCAAGUCUGAUGUUUUUAUAUUAUUUGACUCAACCAAAUUUCAGUGCAAGGAUGAGCUAAUGAGAUUUCAACCUCUUGAUUUCAAAGAAUAUGAUAUCAAUGAAAACAAUUAUAAAUAAAGCGUGGAAUAAUAGGGUGAAAGCUAGGUGCUAUAAUAGUUUAGGAAUAGCACCUGAAUAUGGUUGAAGUGAAUUCCUCAGAGGUUAUGUAUGUAGCAAUCAAAGGGUAAAUAUGAUUAUAAAUAUGAGUCCAAACAGACAGACAUAUCAGAUAUUUGUCACUGCUAUGUUUUCAGAGAAGCCAGUACCUCAUUUAUUUAACUCUGCUCAUCAUUUCACAUUUACUGCAAUACAGAAUUCAUUCUUAAAUACUUUGAAGGGGAGAAAUCAUUUAGAAAUGAGCUGCCCUUAGCUUCUAUUCUCCUUAGGAUGAACAGUUGUGUUAGUGUUAUGAUGGAUCUGUGCAGCUUGAAUUCAUAACCAAAGACAUCAUGGGAAAAUGGCACAAUUUUUGGGAUUUCAAUCCAUAUUGUUAGUGUACAGUAUGACAGAAGUGUAUAUGUAGGUAUCAUUGUGUGGCCUUAAAGUGCAAUGAAGAUAUGUAUGCAUAAAACAGAUCAAGGGACGACGUGAGUGUACGUACACCACAUGAUCUAUCCCAGAAUAUUGAGAAGCUGGAUAGCUUUAGAAUUAUCAAUAAUAAUAAAGUGCUGUACAUGUAAGGUUUACAGCAAUCACCCAAGUGUAGCAGCCGGUUACAGUUGCACCGUCACAGUCUGUGGGGCGGUUACAGUUGCACCGUCACAGUCUGUGGGGCGGUUACAGUUGCACCGUCACAGUCUGUGGGCCGGUCAUUAAUCAACAUUUCUGAAGUUUCAGUCUUCCUCUCAUGUAGCAAUGGUUGUCUUGUACAAAGGCACUGGCUGUUUGUUUGUAUGUUCUCAAGCAUUGUGGUGGACUCUGGUCAUUUUCCCCAAUAGUGGCCCUGACAAGAAAGGGCUUGGGGUUGGACUAAAAUAUGUACAUAUAGCUGUAAACUGCCAUGUAUUAAGGGGAAUAAAGUUUAUGUGUGGGGAGUUUUCAGAGGCAAGAUUGCUUAUCUCUGUCUUUUGAGUUUAGUGAGAAGUGUUAUUUCAUUUCUUUACAUUAUGUUUACAAUGCCAGUUUAAUUUUCAAGGAUGUAUACUGAUGGUCAUAUAGGAUACAAUAUUUAUUGACUAAGGUUAAGCAACUAAUGUUUAUGUGUUUUCAUCAUUUGAAUAUAAUGUUACAGUUGUCACUUGCAUUGAUAUCGGGAUCAUUUUGGUAAAGUAGUUAAUCAUUUGUAUUACUACUGAGUGACUGUUUUCUGUGCCUUUUCUACUGUAGAAUGCAUGGUUAACUAUUUAUUAUCAUAUGGAAGUCACUGAGAUGUGUAUUUUUGUAUACUGAAGAAUUUUGUUGAACAUUUUCAGGUGCCUUAACAAGGCCACCUUUCAAUAUCUUCCUUCUACAAUAAACCUGAAUGCAUACAA